AUGAAGGUCAAGAUCAAGACAUGGAAUGCCGUGGCCACCUGGCGCUGGAAUCUGCCAGAGGAUGAGGUCUGUGGCAUUUGCCGAGUUCAAUUUGAUGGAACCUGUCCCACAUGCAGGUUCCCAGGUGACGAGUGUACUCUGUUGAUGGGCAAGUGUGGUCACUCUUUUCACAUGCAUUGUCUUCUCACCUGGAUCAAUCAAGAAUCUGCAAGAGGUCUUUGUCCAAUGUGCCGUCAA